GGGAUGGCCCAUUUCUUCAUGUUCAUCCACCUUCAACCAAGAAAUUCUGCGAUGCCUCUGAGGAGUUUAUGCACACCGCUUUAUCUGACGAGAAAUUACCCCGUGAUUUCCAUGGACAUUCACUCUCAAAGUUUGACGAGGAAGAUGAUUCGGGAAUUAAAUCAGAGGACACUAAUGAAACCCCGUCUUCUGAGGAGGACCAGGAUUUUGUUGAGUAUUCCAAAGAUUUGGCUUUCAAACAGACUACCCCGAGGAAAAGCAUCACUCAGAUCAUAAAGGACAAGAAGAAACAGACUCAGCUCACUCUUCAAUGGCUGGAGGAAAACUAUAUUGUUUGUGAAGGGGUUUGUCUGCCACGUUGCAUCCUGUACGCUCACUACCUAGACUUCUGUAGGAAGGAGAAACUGGAUCCAGCCUGUGCUGCUACAUUUGGCAAGACAAUUCGUCAGAAAUUUCCACUUCUUACAACAAGAAGACUUGGGACCCGAGGUCAUUCAAAAUAUCAUUAUUACGGCAUUGGCAUCAAAGAGAGCAGUGCCUAUUAUCACUUGGUGUACUCAGGAAAAGGCUUGACGAGAUUUUCAGGGAGCAAACUCAAGAAUGAGGGAGGAUAUACUCGGAAAUACUCCCUCAGCUCCAAAACAGGAACUUUGCUUCCAGAAUUCCCAAGUGUACAGCAUCUAGUGCUUCAAGCUUCUGUCUCUAAAGAGAAGGUGGACACGCUUAUCAUGAUGUACAAAACACAUUGUCAGUGCAUCCUGGACAAUGCCAUCAAUGUCAACUUUGAAGAGAUACAGAAUUUUCUGCUGCAUUUCUGGCAAGGAAUGCCCGACCACCUUUUACCACUGCUGGAUAACUCCGUAAUCGUGGACAUCUUCUGUGUGUGUGACUCUAUACUAUAUAAGGUUCUGACAGAUGUCCUGAUCCCUGCUACGAUGCAGGAGAUGCCUGAAAGUCUCCUGGCAGACAUCCGUAACUUGGCCAAGCACUGGGAAGACUGGAUGGUGUCUUCUCUGGAAAACCUCCCAGAAUGCCUCUCAGAGAAGAAGCUCCCGAUCGCACGCAGAUUUGUGUCCUCUCUAAAGCGUCAGACCUCCUUCUUACACCUUGCCCAGAUCGCGAGACCAGCUCUUUUUGAUCAGAAUGUGGUGAACUCCAUGGUGGUGGAUGUAGAUCAAGUGGAUUUGAACAGCAUAGGGUCACAAGCCCUUUUCACCAUCUCAAGUGGUGACCAAGACUCUGACCUCUACUCUGAAUAUGACUCUAUAACAGCGUUCCAAGAGCUGAAAGACCUACUGAAGAAGAAUGCCACUGUGGAAUCCUUUAUUGAGUGGCUGGACACUGUUGUGGAGCAGAAGGUCAUUAAGCCUGGGAAGCAGAACGGACGGUCUAUAAAGAAGCGAGCUCAGGACUUCCUCCUCAAGUGGAGUUUCUUUGGAGCACGCGUUAUGCACAACCUCACGUUGAACAACGCCACCAGUUUUGGUUCGUUCCACCUAAUCCGCAUGCUGCUGGAUGAGUAUAUCCUCCUGGCUAUUGAGACACAAUUCAACAAUGACAAAGAACAAGACCUCCAGAAUAUCCUAGAUAAAUACAUGAGAAAUGCAGAUGGCAGCAAGGCGGCAUUCACUGCCACCCCUAGCUCCUGUUUCCUGGCCAACCGUAACAAGCCCAGCGCGGUGUCCAGUGAUCUGUCUGUGAAGAACGAGUCCCUCUCAGAACACACAUACAUGACCCUGUCAGCUAAUCAGCAGGCAAACAUGACCUACCAAGGCUCUGAAACAGAUGGAUUCUCUCUGUCAGGACAAAUGGACUUUUCCCAGAACAGUGGCCCUCUGAUGACCCCUCCCAUCUCCCCAGCCAUGGUGAACAGGGGCAGUGUCAUCAACCAGGGCCCCAUGGCCGUCAUCCCCCAGAGCGCCUGCACCACCAUCCAGCCCCACAUCUCCUGCCAAGCCUUCCCAGACACCAUGUACCAGAGCCUACCUUCCAGUAGCCCCAGCUACUACCCAACCACUUCCAACUACCAGGCUGUGUUCAGGCCCCAGACACAGGCCCAGGCCCCUGCCUAUCACACCCGCUCCGAUAGCAGCCACUACCCGUCCUUCAGUGAGCAGCACCUGGCCAAAGACUACUUCAACAGCAGCUGUGCUGUGUCCCCUUACAGCUCCAGACCCACCUCCAAUUACAGCACAGUCCCUGAUCCUGGGAUGGAGACUCAGGGGGUUCAGCUACUGGACUCUGGAGGAUACAAUUUUGUCAUGAGUGGGUUAAACAGUAGUGGCUGUCAGGAGUCUGCCUACUCAACAGCAGGACACAGUGGGUACUAUGGAAACAGUGGUUACCUGGAUAGCCAGAGGCUGGGUUCCAUGAUAGACCAGCAUGUGUCAGUUAUCAGCAGUGUGAGCAGUAUCCGUUCCGUCCCAACGUACGCUGAUGUACACGACCCCCUCAACAUCCUGGAUGACACAGGCAGAAAGCCGGCAGGCCCUUACUACCCUGAGUCUGACUCACUGGUGCUUUGUAUAAUUAUUCUAGUAAAUUUCCCAUUCAAGAUAAUCUUGUUUUUGUCUCUAGCUCCUCCCCUCCCCUCCUCGAUCUCCGCACCCUGCAUGUAUGGAGGUCCUGCCCAGUUCCACUCCCAGGAUGCACCGCUUCCUCACCAGGGACCAUCUGAGGUACGUGACAUGGUGUCAUCGCUGCCACCCAUCAACACUGUGUUCAUGGGGUCUAGUGGAGGAGGACCGUGAGCUGUGACUGAACCUCCAACCACCACCACUCCUCAAGGUCCUCCGUUCCCUCCCACACCACUCCUCAAGGUCCUCCGUUCCCUCCCACGCCACUCCUCAAGGUCCUCCGUUCCCUCCCACACCGCUCCUUAAUGUCCU